AUGGAAAGCUCACUUGUCCGGAGGGAGUCUCGGGACGCCAAAGAGCUGGUCAAGGAGGCCGAGUCCUUCAAGAAGGUCACCUUCUUCGCCAUCACAGUAUCCACCGUCGCCACUCUGACGGCCAUCAUCGUCGUCCCCAUGUUGUACAACUACAUGCAGCACAUGCAAUCGUCGUUGGAAGAGGAGCUCGAUUUCUGUCUCCACCGUUCCGACGGGCUCUGGGAACGUUACCGUUCCAUCUUCGGAAACGAGGCGUUCCGUCAGAAGCGUUCCGCCGUCGUUAGACACAGAAAGCGCGGACGUCAUCUCGCUCGCGGAGCCGGCACCUACGCUGGUGACGAAAGCGGCUACGGAGCCGGAAGCCCCAACCCAUCAGCUGGUGGAGCCGCUCCUGGAGCCGGUGACUACGCUGGAAACAACGGAGCUAGCGUUGGCGGACCAAGCCUCGGCGGACCAGCCGGUGGUGAACUUUGCUCGUGCGGUGUUGGACCAGCUGGACCUGCCGGACCAUCAGGACCAAACGGAGAGGACGGUAAGUAAAAUACUUCAAUAACUAUUAAGAUUAGAUACAGAAACGAAAGAACCCAUAUUAACCAUCAUUAAUUUUACAGGAAAAGACGGUAUCCCCGGUGAAGACGGAGAAGAUGGAGCCGACACUCCAGAAGGACACCGCCCAACUCCAGCCGACUUCUGCUUCGACUGUCCAGUCGGACCACAAGGACCACCCGGCCCACCAGGACCAAAGGGACCUAACGGACAACCAGGACAGCCAGGAGAAGACGGUCCACCAGGAUUGCCAGCUAGCCAAGGACUUCAAGGACCACCAGGCCCACCUGGACCUCCAGGGCAGCCAGGAGAAAAGGGACCAGCUGGACAGCCAGGAGAGCUCCACGAAGUACCAGGCCUUCCAGGACCAGCCGGACCUCAAGGACCACCCGGAGAGCCUGGACCACCAGGACCAGCCGGUCAACCAGGUACCUCAUCCCCAGGCCCACAAGGAGCUCCAGGAGACAAGGGUGCUCCAGGAGAGCCAGGCAAGGACGGUCUUCCAGGAGACAAGGGACCUGACGGAGAUGCCGGAGCUCAAGGCGGCUGCGACCACUGCCCUCCACCUCGGACUGCCCCUGGAUAUUAG